AUGAGCGCGCUAGCCCCCCACUCUCUCUCCCAUUUCACCGUGCCACCGUCAGAGCAAGAGGAACAAGUGAGGCGGGAUGUGCAUGCAGCCAAUGACACCUGUUCGCUUAUUGUGGCGGUCGAGCUGUGCCUUACCUAA